UCGCCGCUGGUGGCGUAACCUAGCAACCAUCAAAGCUGAACCGAACGAGGAGCUGCGAGGGCUUCAAAGCGUGGCUACACGUGUAAAUAGAUACGUCAGAAAUGGGUAAGAAAAUAAAAAAGGAAGUGGAGCCGCCUCCUAAGGAUGUGUUUGAUCCUUUAUCAGUUGAAAGCAAGAAGGCUGCAACAGUGGUGCUAAUGCUCAGUUCCCCAGAAGAGGAAGUUGUGUCUAAAGCAUGUGAAUCUCUCUAUAAAUUCGCAGCAAAAGGUGAUGAAAACAAGAUGACUCUGCUUGAGCUUGGAGCUGUGGAACCUUUAUUUAGAUUGGUCACACAUGACGACCCUAUUGUGCGCAGGAAUGCCACCAUGGCACUUGGGAUCAUGGCUUCUCAUAACGAGGUGAAAAAAUCAUUAAGACAGCUAGACGUCACCCAUGCAUUCAUCGCUCGCUUGGCACCAGAAGAAGAUGUAGUCAUCCAUGAGUUUGCCAGCCUUUGUCUUGCACAUAUGGCAGUGGAAUACAACAUCAAAGUGCAAAUAUUUGAGCAAGGUGGACUAGAACCGCUUAUCAAACUGCUAAACAGUCCUGAUCCUGACGUUAAGAAGAAUUCUGUGGAAUGCAUCUAUAGCAUGGUACAGGAUUUUCAGAGCCGUGCCGCAGUUCGUGAACUAAAUGUGAUUCCUCCUUUGUUGGAACUUCUGAAGUCUGACUAUCCAAUUAUUCAGUUGUUAGCUCUCAAAACGUUAGGUGUAAUUACCAUAGACAGAGAAACCAGAGAGAGGCUACGAGAACACCAAGGACUGGAUCACCUUUUCAGGAUACUAGAAACCAAGGACUUUAACGAUCUACAUGUGGAAGCCCUUGGAGUAGUGGCAAACUGUCUGGAGGAUCCAGAUACGGUACAGCUGAUUCAGGAGACAGGAUGUCUCAGAAAGCUACUUUCUUUCACUGAAGUUUCCACACUGACUGAUUUCCAGAAGAACGCAGCAAAAGCGAUUGCUAAAUCGGCUUGCGAUUCUGAAAACAGAAAAAACCUACACGAAGAAGAAGUCGAAAAAUGUCUUAUUGCUCUUUUGGGAACCGAUAACGACGGAACUAAAAUAGCGGCUGCUCAAGCAAUCUCUGCUAUGUGUGAGAAUUUAGCUAGCAAACAUACCACUGGAGCUCUUGGAAUUCCUCAGCUAGUUCAGUUGCUAAGCAGCGACAAUGAAGAGGUAAAAGAAGCUGCUGCAACAGCUCUAGUUAAUCUGACAACAUCCCAUUUUGGCAAUGCAAGCGCUGUUGCUGAAGCUGACGGCGUUGAACCCUUGAUCAGUGUUCUCAGCUCCAAGAGAGACGGGGCUGUUGCUAGUGCUGCCACCGUUCUCACAAACCUGGCCACCCAGGAGCCGCUGCGUGUCAUCAUCCAGAGCCACAGCGUCAUGAGCGCGAUUGUCGAGCCGCUGCAUUCCUCCAACAGCCUUGUGCAAAGCACAGCCGCGCUCACGGUAGCUGCAGUUGGUUGUGAUGCCGACGCAAGAACUGAGUUACGGAACGCGGGCGGGCUCGAGCCUCUUGUUAAGCUCCUCCAUUCAAGGCAUGACGAAGUUAGAAGAAAUGCUUGUUGGGCUGUUAUGGUUUGUGCCAAUGAUGAACCAACAGCGGCUGAAAUGACCAGGCUCGGUGCUUUAGACAUUCUUGAAGAAAUUAACUUAUCCAUUGGGCGAAAAAAUAACUUCAGUGAAGUGGCUUUGGAAAAAAUACUUGACCACAACCUUCCCCAGAAAUAUAGUCAAAUGGGAUAUUUAGCAUCCAGUAAUAUAAUUUUGGAUGGAUUUUAUGAUUAUGGAAAGGUUAAACGGGGUAUAAAGCUAUUGCCUCUGGAAGAACUCAGUGCUCAGGAACUCAAUGACCGCCGUGCUAUCAUCUUAGUGAAUACUAAAGCACCCGAAGCAGUGUCUCAUGGUCCUGUGAAUGAGCCCCCUCCCGCAACUGAGGAAAAGUCACCUGAUCUUCCUGCCCGAAGCGUUGGUACCUUCCGAAAAGCUAGUAAAGAAAAAACCAGCUCAGUAGAUGACAAACCAGAGUCUCCAGGACGUCCUUCUUCAAUCACCAAAGGAAGCAGUAGAGAGAAAGGAUCAAGAAAAGGGAGAGGAAAAAAAGAAGAAGAGAAGCCAAAAGAAGAAGAGAAGCCAAAAGAAGAAGAAGUGGAGUCUGCACAAAAAGCAGCAGAAGACGUUCCUGAAAAGGCUGUAUGGCUACCCCCUCUUGACCCCCUCUUAAUGGAUUACAUCACUGAGGCUUCCAGGACAAUUCUGCCACUAGCAUCCACCAACCAACAGGUUGUAGCACUUGCAGAGUUCGUUGCCGACAAGAUGGGCGGCCCAAUUGAAAGAGACAAGCUGCAUGAAUUCAGCUGGGAGCUUCACAUAACUGAAAUUAAAUUUGACCUUAAAUGUAACGUUGUGCCUAUUGGGAAGAUUAGCAAAGGGACUUUCUACCACCGGGCUUUGCUUUUCAAGGUUUUAGCAGAAAGAAUCGGCAUUGGUUGCACCUUAGUCCGUGGAGAGUACAACAGAGCUUGGAAUGAAGUGAAAUUGGUUGAGGAGGCUCCGCCAGGAAUACCUGCCGUUCUGAUUCCUCCUCAAGUGUUUAUUGUGGAUCUCAUGUACCAGCCGGGCUACCUGAUGAAGGAAGGAACUGCAGAGGCGGAUCGCUACAGACGGAUUUAACUCUCUUUCCAGAGCUAUUCCAGAAACCGCUUGUCAAUUAGUUUUGUUAGUUUUAUUAAUUUCUGUUCAAGGGGUUGCUAAAGUGAAUCCCUUAGUUGUGGUCUGAAGUGUCUAAAUGGGCAUUUAGAUUUGUUGUUUGUUUAGGUGCGGUGGGGACUUAAGAAUGUUUGACCAGGUUCAGGAUUCUGAUGCAUUUGGAAUAAAAUUCAAAUAUCAGAAAUGUA